CAAUUGAAAUAACGUCCUGACUCCGACAAUUCUAGGUUUGUUCUUGUUCUACGUUUGUUCUGUUCCGAAUCAUCCAAUAUCAGUGAGUCAGCUGUGGACUGAAAAGGUUUGCGCGACAAGAUGCUCAGUAUUCAGUUGGGAAUUUCGAACACAUUGCUACAACACUUUUCAAAUGAAGUUAACCCUAUUGAAAUUCAAAAGGCAUUGGUUGUUUCCAAGUUGUCAAGAUACGAAUAUGAGAGAAACAAGCAUAAAAAUCUUACAGAUAAAGAGUUACAAAUCCACCUUCGAAAAAGAGGAACCGACGUAGAAAAAUUGAUACAUUUUUAUGAUUUACAAAAGAAAUUUGAAGAUAACGUAGCAAACACUUUAAGGGAUAUGGGUAUAGAUGUAGAAGUUGUGAACAGACUCAACUGUAAUGAGGACAUGGUGAAGGAAGCAGACGUUGUAUUACCAACAGGAGGGGAUGGUACUUUUUUAUUGGCAGCCAGCAGGGUUUUAGAUAAUAAGAAACCUGUUGUAGGAUUUAAUUCAGACCCAACUAGGUCUGAAGGAUAUCUAUGUCUUCCGAAGCGGUAUUCUUCAGAAAUAAGAGGAGCCAUUGAAAGGUUACAAAAGGGUUGCUUUGAAUGGCUGAUGAGGAGCCGGAUUAGAACCACCUUAGUAGUGAGCGAAGAAGAGAACUUAGUUCCAAAAUACUUACAUGAUACCGAAGGAGACUGUGAUGCUUUGUUCAAAGUUAAAACUAGAAGUAAUGGUGAUGGUGGUAAAGUUUUACCAGUGUUGGCUCUUAAUGAGGUUUUCGUCGGUGAAUCACUAUCAGCAAGAGUUUCCCAUCUCCAAAUGAGACUGAAUGGUUCCACUGAAAACACAAAUCUGAAGUGCUCCGGAGUAUGUGUAUCGACAGGAACUGGUUCAACCUCAUGGCACCUGAGCAUGAAUAGAUUACCUAUUCAGAGUGUUGCCGAACUUUUGAAAUUGCUUGAUAUUGAAGCUACAGAAGAUAAAAACAGUCUCGCCGCAGUUUUGUCGGAUAUUUACAACAAAAAUCUCAUCUUUGCACCGGAUUCUUAA